UGAAAGAAAAGUGAGCCUCCAAAAAUGUUCUAACCAUCAAAUUGAGUGUUUUUUUUUUAGUGUUUCUGCAUUCUUCUCCGGUGGAUCUGAUUCUUGCCCUGUAGCUUUCUGAAGGACUGACAUUGAGCAUCAUUAGGGAAACUCGGCUGCCACCUGACUGUACACAACAACAAAGGCUUUGGAGAUCUUUUUCAGUUAAAACAAUGACUUUCUUGGAAUGUAUUCCCAGUGGAGCUUGUUUUCUGUGUAGCCUGGAAGAAUAUCUAACUAACAUUGGCAAUUCUUCAAAGACCUUAUAAAAACCACUCUAUAUCAAACAACUGAGUGACUCUGGGUUGUUCAGGGGGACCUCAAGAAGUGGGAAUAUCAAUUCACUUGGAAGAUUUGACCACUGCUACUCAGAGCUGCUGCUAAAAUACCAUGUCUAAGAACUCGGAGCUUAUCAAUCUCUCAUUUUUAUUAGAUCAUGAGAAGGAAAUGAUUCUGGGAGUCUUAAAGAGAGACGAAUAUUUGAAAAAGGUGGAGGAGAAGAGAGUAAGGAAACUUAAAAAUGAACUCAUAGAAGCAAAACGUAGAAGUGGGAAGACUCAACAAGAGACAAGCAGAGUCUGUGUUCACUGUCAGAAAAACCUGGGCUUAAUAUUUGACCGGGGAGACCCAUGCCAGGCUUGCUCGCUUAGAGUGUGCAGCGAGUGUCGGGUGUCAGGCAUUGAUGGCAGCUGGAAGUGCACUGUCUGUGCCAAAGUCGCGCAGCUAAGGAUUGUAACUGGUGAAUGGUUUUUUGAAGAAAAGGCAAAACGUUUCAAGCAAGCCAAUGUUCUAGGGACAGAUGUUGUCCGACAGUCCAUCUUAAGAAGAAAUCCAGGAACUGAAGAAAUACAAAGCCAAGAGAAAAACCACCAGGAUGCAGAAAAGUCAAACACUUCACCUUCUUCUGGGCAGAAGGCCAGCCAUGAUGGUCCCAGGAGAAAAGGAUUUCUUCUUAGCAAAUUCAGAUCAGCAACAAGAGGAGAAAUCAUCAUAACACCAAAAACUGAAAGUGGGCGGAGCUACAGUGUGGACUUAGAUAGCCACAAUUUUCGGUACUUAAAGUCAGCCCCCAGUUCAGACAGAGGAAGCACUGGUUCAUCAGAUCUUAAUGACCAUGAAGUUGGUCCAGAGACCCUGAAGAGCAGCCAGAGCAGUGGUAUUACCCCAGUCACUCAGAGGUCACCAGCUCCAAGCACACGCAGCAUGACCUCAGUCAGCAGUAGAGAACAUGGUUUUGAAAAUCCUUUGGAUUUAGUGACCAUCGAAGGCCCCUCUGGGGACCUCACAAAGAAUCAUCGCAGAAAUGCUUCUGGCACACCUUCCAUAGCAGUGUCUGGGGCCUCCCUCUCCUCAGACCGAAGUCAAUCUGAGUUAGAUUUGAGUGGGUCAUUUACAGAAGACUUAGAGGAUACUGUAAACUUAAGAAGCAAGUCUGUCCCUGGGGCUUUAGACAAAGACAUGGACUCCUUGGAAGAGAAUGAAGAAGGCAUUGAUGACUUAGUGUCCUCCAGGUUUUCUGCAAACACCCACAGCCUAGGAAGUGGGCUGUCAACAAAUUCUCAAGCAGGAUCUGACAAGAAAUGGACCUACCUAAAUGUACCUGAUGCUGACUCAGACACUACCAGCCUUAACAGCAUGAUGAGUGUUUACAGUGAAACAGGAGACUAUGGCAACGUGAAGGUCAGCGGUGAAAUCCUUCUCCAUAUCAGCUACUGCUACAAAACUGGUGGGCUCUACAUUUUUGUCAAGAAUUGCAGAAAUCUGGCCAUAGGAGAUGAAAAGAAACAGAGGACAGAUGCUUAUGUCAAGGCGUACCUCCUUCCUGACAAGUCUAGAAACAAUAAGCGCAAGACCAAAAUCAGAACAGGCACCAAUCCAGAAUUCAAUGAAACACUGAAGUACACAAUCAGCCAUAGCCAACUGGAAACAAGAACACUGCAGCUCUCUGUCUGGCAUUAUGAUCGUUUUGGCCAUAACAGCUUCCUCGGGGAGGUGGAGAUUCCUUUUGAUUCAUGGAACUUUGAAAAUCCAAGUGAUGAGUGGUUUGUGCUUCAGCCCAAGGUGGAAUUAUCUGCUGACAUUGGCCUUCAGUACAAAGGAGAGUUGACAGUUGUUUUACGUUACAUUCCCCCAGAUGAGAACCGGAUGUUUCCAGCAGGACAACUUCAAGAAAAGAAGACCUUUAAAAGAGGAAAGAAGGAGCCACCCAUAUUCUCUGGAGGAAUACUAGAAGUGUUCAUCAAAGAGGCAAAGAAUUUGACAGCUGUGAAGUCAGGAGGCACUUCUGAUAGCUUUGUGAAAGGCUACCUGCUCCCUGAUGAUAACAAAGCCACCAAGCACAAAACUCUGGUAGUAAAAAAGAGUGUUAACCCUCAGUGGAAUCAUACUUUCUUGUUCAGUGGCCUGCAUCCCCAGGAUAUACAGAAUGUUUGCCUAGAGCUUACCAUCUGGGACAAGGAGGCCUUUUCCAGCAACAUCUUUCUGGGAGGAGUUCGUUUGAAUUCUGGAAGCGGUGUGAGCCAUGGGAAGACUGUGGAUUGGAUGGACUCUCAGGGGGAAGAGCAACGCCUUUGGCAGAAGAUGACUGACAAUCCUGGGACUCCUGUAGAGGGUGUACUGAUGCUCCGUUCCAGCAUGGGGAAGCGUCGGCCCUGAAGAUAAGGAAACUGGAGACCACACAGAUCAAGAAAAAUCUCUGAAUAUGCUUACUCAUUGGUCUUUUAAAAGGAAGCUUCCUCAAGCACUGUAGUUACAACCCUAGACACUUCAUCUCAGCCUGUGCUGGCAUACAUAAAAGCACAGAGUACGCUCUCCAGCCCAGCGUAUCAGCUUCUCAGAAGAAGACCAUGGCCUUGCCUGGAGCAUCCUGCUCCUGGUUUGCAGAUAUCGGCUCUCAAUUUUCCCUCAGUUGAAUCAGACAAGUUGUAAUGGGACAUGGGCAAGCUUAAAAGCCUGACUUUAUCAAUUCAUUGCAUAAAUAGCACCCGCAGGAC